AUGAACCUUACCGUGCCGUCGCCCAUCUUCCCCACCUUAUGGACCCCUUCGCCUUCUCCCUCGCCGAUCGCGGAGGUCCUAUCCGACGAUCACCUUCUCUCGCUCGUGCUGCGCUCGCUAACGCGCGACUCCUUCCAUUACGCGCUUGUAUCGAAGCGAUGGUACGCCGUAGCGCGGCGCUCGUUCACGCACCUCACAAUCAAAUUUAAGAUCCAAUUCUCCGUUCUCCAAGACACGAUUCGCAGCUUCUCCUCGCUCACGCACCUCGAGCUUCGGUAUUGUCGCGUUUCGAAUCCGAACGGCGAUGCUUUCUUCCAAUGCGUGGGCGCCACGUGUCCACAUUUGACACAUCUGACCGUCCACUACCAGGCUCUCAUGCACGUCACUAGCAGCGGCCUCUCGUCUCUCUUCCACGGCUGUCGCAAGCUCCGCGACCUCCGCCUGCUCACCCUCAACUACCUCCCGCACCUCCCGCCCGCCGUCUCUCUCCUCUCCGACCUCACAACCCUCCAUCUCUCCCGCCGCGUCGGCGACGAUCACUUUGAAAAUCUGCUCUUGCCAACCCAAAGCAUCGGCGCGCUGCAGCAGCUACGGGAAAUUCGCUUGAAUACCGGCCUGUCGCCGUUAGAAGAUCACCCGGAUUCCACCAGCAGCCUCGCGAACCUCCCCAGCUCGAUUGGUCACUUACCGCAUUUGCAAACCCUAGACAUUGUGAUGGGUGUGCCGUUCAUCCCGGAUUCCUUUCAGCAUCUUACCAGCCUACGCUCCUUGUCGCUGCAGUCCAAGUGUUUGGCGCGCUUGCCUGAGCAUGUGAUGGGGGGCAUGGUGCGAUUGGAGGCGCUUUCCCUUAGCGGGGGGUCCCUCCAGAACCUGCCAGCCACCAUCUGCUCCCUCCCCCUCUCCUCCCUCUCCAUCCACGCGUGCCCCGCACUCACCUCUCUUCCCCAUGAUCUCGGAGCCCUGCUACAGCUUGAGGCCCUAGUGCUCGUGGGGCUGCGCAACCUCAGUGCGCUGCCCGAGAGCGUGGGCGAUCUACAGCGAUUGGGGUCGUUGAAGAUCCAGCAGGUGGGUGUGCUGCAGCUGCCGGAAAGCCUGUGCACGGGGAGGGUGAGGCACAGCCUGGAGCGGCUUUACCUGCGCGACUGCAGUGAGCUGAGGCGGCUGCCUGCCCAGCUCGCCAUGCUGACGCGCCUGGAAGAGCUCGAAAUCACCGGCUGCCCUCGCCUCGAGUCCCUAGAGCCUCUGCUUGCUCCGCAUCCCGCAUCACCCGUCACCUGCUCCCUUGCUUCUGCUCCAUCCGCUUAUCCUGCCGCUCCUCCUGACCCUGCUCCUGCUUCUGCAACUGUCGUUCCUACAGCCACUGCUGCUGGCCCCACUGCUGCUGGCCCCACCACUGCUUGCACUCUUCCCGAGGAGCUUAGGAAAUGGCCGCAAAGGGUGCCUUGUCUGCUCCCUGGCUGGGAGUGCGGGGCAGCGUUGGCACUCUCGAGAGCAGGUCGGUUGCAUUCCCGCCGUAGUAUCGCCAUGGGAAGCGACGACGAUGCCGCGGGAUCGGAGAUGCAAAGCCGCGUGGCUGCUCCCUUGAAGCGGAAGCCCUUCAAGUCACUGCACCCCCUCAACACGGCUGCUCCCGUGCCGCCGCGACAGCCGCCGCUGCACCCCGCUCCCGGCUCCACCGCGAAUCCCCGCGCGCGAUUCAAUGCUCCCAAGGCGGCCGCUGCAGUGACGUGUAACGCGAACAGCGCGCAGGGUGCGGCGGCGGCGGAGGCUUCGGCGGCGGCGGACGAGACGCGGUACUACAGCGUGAUGUACUGCCCGCGCAAGCCGCACGCGAAGCGCAAGGGGCCGUGGUCGGACGGGCUGCUGAGCGUGAAGGGGCGCGCGUGCGCCGUGCAGAACAUGGACGCCAAGCCCGUCGCGAAAGCUUCCGUCAGCGGCUGCGCGCACCUCAAAGACGGCUCCACGCUCGAGGUGGGCAAGUGGGAGGUGGAGGUGAUGCACGAGGUGCCGCGCGAGCAGUACCUCGCCGGCUCAUUCUUCAUCCCCGCCGCCGCCGCUGCUGCUGCCGCUGCCGCUGUGACAUCCGCCGCUGCCACGGGCGAGUGGGCAGUGCUGCUGCUGGCAGGGGCAGGAAGCGAGUGGGUGAGAGCAGCGGAGGCAGGGCGGCUGGCAGCAGUGCGGAAGGGGUGCUGGCGAACAAGUGAGUGUGAUGUUGACGAGGUGCUUCACUCGCAUUUACGCUGUCAUGAUCUGCAGCACACGCGUCUGCCAGGCGUCAUAUUCGUUACCACCCGUCCGCCUUUCCACUUUCACCCCUGCACGUGUGCAAGUCGAUGGGCUGCUGUAGCGGGCAGUGCGCUGAAACUUUCGUGUGCCCUGCUCUUUCUCCCUGCCCUCGUGCCGCCUCCACAGGAGAGCUGCGAGCAUGGAGAGUCGCAUGAGGCUUGGCAACGAGGUAUGGCCGUGCAGGAAGGGAUGGUGGAACAGAACGGACCACCGUGUGGCAAUGGGUCAUGA